AUGAUUAUUCCUAUUCGGUGCUUCUCAUGUGGCAAGGUCACGGGCGACCUUUGGGAACGCUACCUCCAACUCAUCGCUGACCCAAGAAAAACUGACGGCGAUGCCAUGGACGAGCUUGGUUUGAAACGCUAUUGCUGCCGCCGCAUGAUCAUGACCCACGUCGAUCUUAUUGAAAAGCUUUUGAAAUACACUCCGGACGGUCGAAAUGAGAAGAAACAGCGACUGAACGAGUUGGCAUAA